CUUCAUUUCUGCGUCACCAUUUCCUUGAAUGAUGGCGGCAUUUCUCUUGCUAACCAGAGCUCCUGCGAAAACCCUAACCCUAAAUUUACUUUUUCUCUCUCCUGCAACUACGAAUAGGCCAUUAAUUCCGUCACGGAUUUCCUCUUCUCUUUACCAUGUAAGGACCUUCAUCAACCCAUCUGGGGUUUCGUCGGGUCCGUCAUCUCUUUGUUAUGACACUAUAUCAUCAAUUAAAUGUAGGGUUUCUCCCUUUCUAUGCCAUGAAAGGGUAGCAACUACAUCUCCAUAUAUGAUUUCUAGGUCUUAUUCCUCAAUAAAAACAUCUAGGGUUUCUACUCUUUCACUGUCUCGGUACUGCCAUGGGAGGACCAUGAUCACAUGGUCUUCUCCAACAUAUGAAGAUGCAGAAGCUGCUUCCAUGCCUUCGCUAGCUGCUGAUUCUCGUAUUCCAGCUACUGUUAUUACUGGAUUCCUCGGCUCUGGAAAGACAACUCUUCUCAACCAUAUUUUAACAGCUCAACAUGGAAAAAGAAUUGCUGUCAUUGAGAAUGAGUUUGGAGAGGUGGAUAUCGAUGGUUCACUGGUUGCUAACCACUCUUCUGUGAACGAGGACAUUAUAAUGGUUAACAAUGGUUGUCUUUGUUGCACCGUGAGAGGUGAUCUUGUCAAGAUGCUCCUGGAGUUAGCCAAGAAAAAGAGGCACCUGUUCGACCACAUUGUUAUAGAAACUACAGGCCUUGCAAAACCAGCUCCUGUUAUUGACACUUUCUGUUCAGAUGAGUUGGUUGCACGGUAUGUUAAGCUUGAUGGUGUUGUCACUUUAGUUGACUGUAAGCAUGCUACGAAGCAUAUGGAUGAGGUAAAACCAAGAUUUGUGGUGAACGAGGCAGUUGAGCAAGUCGCAUACGCUGACAGGCUCAUAUUGAACAAGAUUGAUUUGGUGAGUGAAGAUGACUUGGAGGCAUUGACCACGAGACUCAAGCUUAUCAAUGGGAUGGCUCGAAUUAAACAAGCCAAGUUUGGGGAAGUUGAUGUUGACUUUGUAUUGGGAAUUGGUGGAUAUGAUCUUGACAGGAUAGAAUCUGAAGUUCAAGUUGAUGCUUCUAAUGGGGCACAUCAUCAUGAUCAUGAGCAUGGCAGUGAUCAAAAUGGAGACCAUCACCAUGGCCAUGUCCACGAUUCAACUGUGUCUUCUGUUAGCAUUGUUUCUGAGGGAAACCUGGAUCUUGAUGAGGUCAAUGAUUGGCUUGAAAGACUGGUUGAAGAAAAGGGAGAUGACUUGUACAGGAUGAAGGGUGUUUUGUCCAUUGAGGGAUCAGAUGGACGUUAUGUAUUCCAGGGUGUGCAUUCCAUGUUAGAUGGCGUUCCAUCCAAACCUUGGGGACCUGACGAGAAAAGGAUCAAUAAGCUGGUUUUCAUAGGAAGGAAUUUGGAUGAAACUUUCUUGAGAAAAGGCUUCAAGGGCUGCUUAGAGGAUGGUGCCAUUUACCGACUUGUAUCAAAUGAGGGCGUAUACCAUGAAAGCAUCGUUCUGUUUGGGAGCGUAUACAAUGAAAGCAUCGUUCUGUUUAUGCAGCAACUCACACCUUCCUAAGCCGUCAAAUGUUGCAGGGAUAAUUUAAUCCUUUAAUGAUAGUGUAGGUCUUAUGUAUAUGGGAUUGUAUAUUGGGAAAGGUUUCUAUGCUUCCCAUACAAUAUAGAACUUCUAUCUUCUCUUCAGCAUUCAGCCGUGCCAUUUUGAUCAAGAGAGCCACUAACCGUUUGAUUGUAGAUCCGACAUCUUAAAGUAUUUUAUUUUUAGUUUUUUUAAUACAAAUUAUAUGAAUAUGAAAUUUGAUGCGUGUUAUUUUU